AUGGCUCCUCCAACCACUCUCAAGCGCAAGCGUCACUCUCCGAAUCUGGGACAGAAAUCAUCCCUCAGAUUAAGCGGUGAUAAAGUUGGAAAGUCGAAGGAGUUUCCCGAACGGGUUUUGAUCCCCGACGAUGCCACCCGCAUAGAAAAGCAUAUCCUAUGGCUCUGGUCACUUUUCAAGACAUCAUCAGACAUUCGGCCAAGUCAUGCUCUGAUUGCGAAAAGCCUUGGAAUUACUCAGGCAAUGUCAAACCAUGCUUACACUGAUAUCAAGAUCUUGGUCAAUAAACUUCAGCAACGCGCCAUGAAUGACGUGGAUAAGGAUGAAAGAAAGGCCGGAGGGAAGGCUAAAUAUGUUCAGGUAGAGGAGACUACGGAGGUCGAAUCGAUGGAGGAUAAGGAAAUAGGAGAUGAGGAAAUGGAAAACGAAGCUUAA